CAGUUAUUGUACUCUGCUUGAAACGGUUGGUUGUUGCUGCUCCUGUCUGUUGCCUUUAUUGUGGAAACUAUUUUCUAAAAAACAAUCUGAAUCUAAACAAUAACAAUAGUCUGAUUUUGGAUGGAUGUAAAGAUGAAGGCAGAAACCAAACGAGCGCCACAGAUUGUGUGGGAUGAAGAGAACACAGUGAAACUUAUCAAGGCGUAUGAGGCGCAGAAUGUGCUAUGGAAUCCAGAAAAUCGCGGCUUCAUGCAUCGCAAUGCCAGAUACGAUGCGUGGAAGGCGAUGGCGAACGUGAUGCAAACGAGCGUGGAGGAUGUUAAGAGAAAAAUGAAUUCCCUAAUUGCCGUCUUUAGAUCGCAGUAUCGCAAGGGUGUUGCGAAUCCCCGAUGGUGGGCCAGUCACAUGUCCUUUCUGCUCAAUCCAGGCAAGGCCGACAAAAAAGACUGCCAGCCAAAGUUGGAUAUUAAAUCGAGCACUUGCGACAAUUCCGAAAAUAGCGAUAAUUCCCUAUCGAACGAUCUCGAUGGCAGCGACAGAGAGUUCAUUUUGGCCGAGCCAAUCAAGCGUCCCUAUCAAUCGGCAUUCCAGGAGUUUCGCGCCGAGUUCGAGCCACCGAAACGUCUGAUCAUCGUCGAGGACGGCGCCAGCAUCGGCAACGCGAUACAUCUGAACACGAAUCCGCAACCGAAUCCGCAACCGUAUCUACAUCCGCAUCCGCAUCCGCAGCCGAACGAUGAUCGACAGCCGAGCGGCGCGGAGAGUCCAACAGGGCCCGAUGCCCAUUCGGAUGACGACGAUAUCAAGCUAUAUGCCAAAUAUCUGGAGUGCAAGCUGAAAAAGUAUUCCACGCACACACGCAACGCGAUUCAGUUCGAGUUCAAUCGCAUUCUCUACGAGGCCGAUUUGGGCCUACACGAUAAGACAACCAGCAACAACAACAACAGCAGCAGCUUUGCAUAAGCUCGGCUGACGUGAGGUUUAAUUUGACAACCGCUUUUUAGGCGAGUUACAUUCAAAUUUGUGAUUUUAUCGAAAGUUUUCUCAUUCUAUUGCUUUUAACUGAGAAGCUCUCGAGCAGCUAGCAUACUAUUUUUGACAAUCGAAUUAAAUGUUAUACAUAUGUACAUAUA